AUGUUUGCCAACAUGAUGGUACCCUUGCCGUUGGAAAAAAAGAAAUCGAGUGUAUCUGUGAGGUGCCAUGGGACGGUCGCUAUUGCGAUCGAUUGGCCUGCUGGAGGAAGACGAAGUUUGGCCAAGACAAGCGAUUCCGUAAUCAAGUAG